GCAACACUCCGUGAACGAAAACGGAGAUAGUACAGUCAGUAUAGUGGUAGUAUGCAUUAUGCACACUCGCCAGUAGUAGUAAAAUGGCGAAGGCGAACGUCGAGACGUCGGGGCUCCGAUUGCGCCCCAACACCGUCGAGGAAAAUCGCACAGUCCUCAGGGAGAUCCAGACCAGGAAGGAGGUGGACGCGAGGAAGCAGGACGAGCUCAAUGCACUGUUUGACCGCAUCAACGCCGAGUGCGCCUCCAGGUCGCUCAAGGAGAAGAAGAAGCUGCUGCAGCAAGCAUCGUCAGCUGAGAAACUCCUGGAGAAGGUAAACACAGUUCACUAUGGACCGCUACCUGGAUUUCCAUCUGGUACAUGGUGGGGUAUCCGAAUGGACUGCUCCAGAGACUGCAUACAUGAGCCCUUUAAUGAAAACAUCCAUGAUGGUCCAUAUGGGGCAGUAUCCAUUUGCACGUCCCACUUGAACGCUCAUAAUGAUGUGGAUUUUGGAGACACAUUGACUUUCACAAGCCGGGAAUACAGUGCAACAGAUCACUCCAAAGAUUCUUUGAUUUUAAGUUACCAGAAUAGGGUACCUAUAAGACUUGUAAGAAGUUAUUGCCUUUCAAAUAAUUAUGCUCCAAAAACAGGAUACAGGUAUGAUGGAUUGUACACAGUAGUCGAUCAUUGGAUAGGUGUCUCUCCAGAUACUACAAAGCACAGAAAAUUUGUGCUAACAAGAGUAUUAGAUCAAGAGAGUCCAACAUGGGCAGAAAGAAUUUCUGGAAGAGUUAAAAAAAGCAUUACUCCUAGACUCACUAGAAGUCAAAAGGUGGUCAAAACUCAAGAGCCAAAUGCAGCAAAAUUUACGUACAAAAAGGUUGAGGUAGAGCCAAAAGUUGGCAGUGUCAGUGCUAUAGUGUCUAGACAGGUCUUCAACAAGUGUAUCCCUGGAUCACCAGAUAGUUCUCCAAAGUCUGUUUCUAGUACUGACUCUCAAAGUUAUUGUCACAACACUUGUCCAACAAAAUUGUGCAAUACAAACUUAUCCAUUCGCACAAACCUCUACGAUUCUUCACAGAAACUUCAAGAUGUCAAAAAAGCCAUGACAAUGACGUUGUGCAAAAUCAUUAAACCCAAUCAAACUACACAGCUUGUACAGAAAAAUUGUCAGGAGGAUGUGGAAAAGAUUAACACAGACUCAUCGAAUACAGAAGUGAUGAACAAAAAUUUAUCAAACAAUAUUCAACAGGAAUCCACAGAAAAGAAAAUCAAAAAGGUCACUUGGGCAGACUCCUGCACCUCCACUUCUAGUUGCAUCGAAAAAUCUGUUCCAACAGCAGGUAACGGAUUUCAGUACAGUGGCUCUGAUGUGGUUGAUGGAUUCAGCCCCACCUCGCCCAAGAAGUGCGGCGUCCUUAAGUACAACAAUGUCGCUGAGAUAACUUCACCACCUAAGAUGCCAAGAACCAGACCCAACAUCUUGCGGAACUCCAGUACAAGAAGCACAUCUCAACACGUUGUUCAAAUCCAUUCCAGGUCAAACGUGGUGCAGACUAACUUCUCAACAAAGUCCGAGACAUUGAGCAAAGAGACUGAACAGUCGGAGAACAAGCCUUCCUCUUCGAGCAUAGACUCGCUGGCGCCGGACAAGCUGGUGAACAUGAUCGUCAAGGAGAAGUAUCAUCCGAUGGCCAAACUACUGAUAGGGAACAUGAUUGGUUUAGAGAACCAGGAGUCAGCUAUCCUCACCGCUUACAACACUCUCAGUUCAAAGGUAGACCAAGACGACUCGAAGACAUCGUCUAAGGAGAGCAAGCUGAGAAGCUUUUACAUCAGCAACAAGAGCAGGAAGAACGGUAUGCUGAAAAAGCAGCAGCGUCGAGAGAUCGCGAAUCUAAUUAUUGAUGCCAAGUUCGACACCGGGACGAGAAGCUCGAGAAAUCGCAGGUUGCGUUCAAUCAGGAGACGACUGUCCAAAUCUGAAAUAUCGCAAAGGAAGCUAAUGAACGCAAGGAGGAUACAGUCGCGACCUUUAAACAACAAGGAGAUACGCAGCACGACAGCCAGAGAGGCACAGCCAAAGAAACCCGAAAAGAGAAAAACAGAAGAAGUAGUUGUGUCAAAGCGUUCGAAGAUGGUUUCUACGUCAACACAGUGUACUCUGCUCAAGGCGCCUGCGGUCGAUCAAGCAAUACAGACUGGGAUUAUAGAUAUUUCUCCAUCGGAGUCAGAGAUUAAAGUGGAGUUUGUGGAUUUGGAUGAUAUCAAAUCAGAGCCUUGUGAUGUAGAAUCUAACUGCGAGGACGUUAAUAUAGAAAUUGGUACCAAUCCUAUUAGGAGAGCACAUUUUGGUAGCUCCGCAUUCGCACCAGUGAAUACAGCAGACAGUGGCUAUCGAAUAGCCCGUUUACGCUCAAUUGGUUUUAGACCGAUAAAUAGCUGCUCUCCGAUGGAAGACGAAGACUCGAACCAAGCGUCUUCAAGACCGGACGUCGACGAAGAGUACAACAAAUACACCAGUGAAGAGACCGACAUAGUCGGCUACAUGGAAGAACAACUGCACUUUGAGGAUAUAGAAGAUGAAGUGAUAGAAAUAGAUCCAACUGAGCAAACAUCCCAAAAACGGAUACAAAAGAAAUUAUGUUCGCCGAAACCAGUCGAGUCUUUGUUAGAGGAAGAUUUCGAUAAACCCUGGCAUGGGUGGAAGCAAAUUUCCGUCGACGGUAGGGUUUACUGGUCCGGCUAUUAAUUUAUUUUAAUUUAUUUUUUUUAAGCGGUUUAAAUUUGCCGCUAUCGUUACUGAAAUUUUGUUUUGAAAUCUUUUUGAUUAUUGAUUGUUUUGGUUUUAUCGAAGUUCUUUCAUUUGAUCAAUGUGUUAAAACCAUUUAUUUAAUAAUUGGUUGAUUAUAAUCUUGUCGAACAUGAUAAUAAUUGGAAGAUUUUUUAAGAUCUAAAUGAAGAUAAUUUAGAUACUAGAUAUAUUUUUAGUGUAAACAAGACUUUUCUUGGUUUAUCAAACUAUAAAGAGAGUCAACAUAGAUUUGCGACAUUUUACAAAAUACUGUAGUUACAUUGGUAAGCUGUUUACUGAGUGCUCUAAGCACUUUCUCUUUUUAAACUAUUAAUUUUAGCGAAUGCUGGCCAUUCCCAAAGAUUGUUAUUUUGGCUGCCUCUUGUAUAUAUACAGUAAAUUGAAAAAUGAUUUGAUUCUCUCUGUAAUAAGUGUUCUAAAACGCUGGAUAUCACUAGAUACUUAUAUAUUUGUUAAUACUGAGUUUAGUGAAAAUUUUUAAUUGACUUUAUUUAACUAUUUGAUAGUGAUUAAUAAAAAAUAUAAAUCAGAAGAAUUUAAUUGAAAGUAUUAUUUAGCCUUUAAUACUUUUGUAAAUAUUUCGAUGAAUUAGUUAAAACUUGAAAUUUAUUUAUAGUUUUUUAUAUUUAAAAUGGGGAAAAAUGUUGAAUGAUAAACUUACAAUACUAUAAGAAUUUACUAUAAGGUUAAAAAUAUGUAAACCAAGAAACUCAACCUUAGACAAAUUACUAAAAUUCUAUAUUUUGUAAUUAUAUUUACAUCAAAUAGAAAUAUUCAUAAUAAAAAAAUCUGGUAUUUCCAUUAUAAUAAAUUUUAAGAACUACACCUUACAAAAUUUUUAUUAUUUUUAUACUAAACAAAUCGAAAAUUUAAAUAGAAAUAGAAAUUAUUAGUAUUACUCAAUAGUAGGGUAUUGGUAGUGAUGUCCAGUUUUGCGUUUAAGGCAAUGCUAUCAGUUGUUUUCUGACUAAAAAUUAGUAAACAACGUUCGAAAUUAAAAUUAAAUUAUUCACAAAAUAGAGAAGGUCAGUAUAUAACAUUUAGAUGUUUUGAACAUAUUUUGAGACCUCAUAUCCAAUAAUUUCUUGUAUUUAUGUAUUAUAUAUAUAAAUUAGUACACUCUUGUAAAAAGUAAAACACGAAAGGAAUCGUGAUUAUUAUAUAAUUUUUAUACUUAUAUUGGCGAACUGUGCAGUAUGUCUACGUGUAAUAUGCAAUGCUCGAACUAACAAAGUGCCUGAUUAAUCCCAAGCUUGAUUAAAAAAUGAUAGGCAAAUGGUAGAGAGCUAUAUACAGUUCAACAGAAAUUAUCGUGAGUAAAAAGGAGAAAAUGCUGAGAAUAUCUAUAAUAUACGAGUCAUCUUACGAAGACUUAAAUUUCAAAUUAAACGAAAUGAUACAUUAAGUUUUUGAGAAUUUUCUUUUUUUUUCGUUUCGAGCUGUGUGAUAAAUAUGCCUGCUGAUGUACUAAACACUUGUAAUUAUGUGUUGUUUAAUUGAGAAAACUUUAUGUAUGAAAUAUGUUUUAUAUAGAUAUUGCAAAGAUAAACUGAUUUUUGCAAAUAUUAUUUUAAUGUUAUUAUUCGUAACUGAUCAAAUUUUAUUAAUUUCUCAUAUAUUGCAUGAAUUUAACGUUUUUUUUUCAACAUGUACAUUUUUUUAUUGCUCUUAAUUAAUCUCGAAAUUUUAUCGAUGAAGUGAUCUCUGUAAAUACUUCUUAUAUUAUAUUUAUUAUUGUGAAACUGAUACAUGAGUAAAUAAACUAAUUUCAAGGUA